AUGGUAGGAACAUUACUGCGCGAAUGUUACUUUUGGUUUACGACGUGUUACUUUAACAAUAUAGACGAACGCGUGUAUGGAUUCGUCGAUAAUAGAUCUGCGAAUAAUAAAUUUCAUCGCAAUCGAGAAACGUUGAUCAAUUCGCUCUGGGCGGGCGGCGCGUGGGGCGGGGAGGGCGCAUGCGCGGGGGGCGGGCGGGGCGCGGCGGCGGCGGCCGGCCGGCAGUGCGCGACUCGUACCGCGACCGCGGACCGCGGGAGUUGCCGCGUCUGCUGUAGCUGCUCUUCGACGGCUUCAGUGAUCGUAAUCACCGUGUGUUCCACUCUCGACUGUUCUCAUGCUCUAUUGGUGUCGGGGGCGCAGCGCGGGCGCGAGCGGCAUGCGGCCCCUGCGGCAGACGCCCAUGGAGGUCGGCUAGCGGCGCGCGCGCUGCCCCCGCGCCCGCACGCCCCGCCCCGCCCCCUCGACAACAUGGAACUCGCGGACAUGCCCAGGCACAGACCCCUCGCCUUCGAUAAGAUGGAAAGUUUAAUAAAAGAAAUGCAAGAUCCAGAGACCGGCGUUCCAGUUCGGAGUCAAAAACUGUUUCUUAGCAUUAUACCUUCAGCUUUUAUGGGCUAUGAUCUUGUCGAAUGGCUUAUGGAUCGAUUUAAUCUAGAUGAAACUAGUAACGUUGAAGCAAUAAAUUUAGCCAAUCAACUCUGUCAAUAUGGUUACUUCUUUCCUGUCAACGAUUCCAAAAACCUUGUGUUAAAGGAUGAUUCUUCUCUUUAUAGAUUUCAAAGUCCGUACUAUUGGCCGUGGCAAGCGCCGCGCGUGGCCGGUGCGGGUUCGAGCGCGCCCACGCUCGGGCCCGACAACGUAGAGUAUGCGAUAUACCUGGUAAAGCGCACUCUGCGUAAUAAACAACGCCACGGCCUCGAAGAGUACGAACAAGAAGCUCUUGCUAACUUGAAAAAGAACCUAGCUGCUAAAUGGGACUUCAUUACUAUGCAGGCUGAGGAACAGGUACGAUUAGCAAAAGAGCGUAAAAAAGGCGAUAAAAUAGUGAGCGACAGCCAGGAGCGUGCGUAUUGGCGAGUCGCGAGGCCGCCGCCCGGCGGCGCGAGCGCGCUCGAGCCGUGCCCCGUGCCCGUGCGCGCGCGCCACCCGCGACCUAAGAAACGGUCUAUACAACAAAUUACUCGAGAGAUCGAGCACUUGAAAACUAGUCUGGAUCGUACGAGGGUGAAGACUUCAAUUGCCUUGGAGGCCCUCAUGGCCUAUUCGGAAACCUUCGCACCGUAUGAUCCGUGGCUCACUCAACCGCAGCCGUCCAACCCUUGGAUCAGCGAUGACACAUUCUUCUGGCAGAUUAACAGUCCUAUCGUUGAGGUGCCAAGCGAUAAGCGCGUCCAACGGUGGGCUUUAUCUAUAGAAGAAUUAGUAUCAGACCCAACUGGUCUUCAAGAAUUCACCAGUUUUUUACGAAAAGAAUAUUCUCACGAGAAUAUUCGCUUUUGGCUUGCGGUUAUGGAUUUACGGCGGAGUAGUAUUAAACAAAUACCUAAAAAGCUUGAGGAAAUUUUUGAGGAGUUCCUAAAGCCCGGUGCGCCCUGUGAGAUCAACAUCGACGGAGCGACUGCGGAGCGCGCGGUCGAGGGCAUCCGCAGCGGCUCGCGGUUCGCGCUCGACCACGCCGCUGACCACGUUUACGGGUUGCUCCUCAAGAAAGAUUGUUACCCUCGCUUUAUACGCUCCGACCACUUCCAGCGGCUGCUGGCUGAAGGGCGGAACGUUUAUCAGAAAAAAGCAAAAUUUUUCAACUUCGGUGGUCAAGUAAAAAAGAAGCCAGGUCCGACGUCCGGCGGCGGCGCAUUGAAUCGGCGCCGCGGCUCCGACCGCUCGUUGUCCGGCUCCGCGCAUGAGCUGGCAGUGUGCGCCGCCCAACCACGCACGACCGAGCCGCCGCCACAUAGCCACAGCCAAUCCAACUUGUGUGAUAUACCGUUUAGAGAUCCUCUCGAUGAUGAUACGGCGGAUGUGCUGCCGUGGGAGAGCACAUCCCGAGAGAGCUCGACUGUGUCGAGACGGCGGCAAGACUCGGCCGCCGACUCCGGCAGCUCAUCCUCUGACGUCAGCGCCGCUGUGGCGACGGCUGAGAGGACGCGCCGCCUCCCACAGCAGAGCACGUUGGACGGCGGGCUGCGAGGCGCGCCGCCGCCUCUGCGCCGCCUCUCCGCCGUGGAACCGCGCCACCUCACGCCGCUAGCCUCGCCCCCGCACUCGCCGCGACAGCUUCGCGUCGCACCCACCCCUGCACCGGCGCCCGCCCCGCCCGUGCACACCGCACCGCCACCCCACCACCCCACGCCUACUAUAAGUGUCAGUUCAGCCCCGGACGAUGAAUCGGCUGACUCGCCCUCGCGUACCGCCUCCCCCGAAGACCGCCGAUCCAUCCCUCACUCAGAGGAACCCUCAUCAGUAUUUGCGUCAGCGGACGCUACGCCUACCGAACCGGCGAUGGCUUUUGGCGAGCGAUGUGCGAUGAUCGUCGACUCUUCUGACGCGAGGACUACAGUUACAAAUAUUGAAAAGCAAAGUUCAAUCGAAACGCCAAUCACGUCUACGGAUGACGUGUCACAAACGGAAUCGAAAGAGUCGCAUAGGGAUUCAAAGGACGAAUCACGCGAAGACUCGAAAGAGGAGAGAACGAGAUCUUCCGAGGACGAGGUUGCAUCUGUGCGUUUAUCGUCCCGGGAGUCCUCGAUCACGAGAGAGGUCACCGUCACUCCUAGCAGGAACAGCGAGGAGAAGAAGAAGGAAACGAGUCGAGCGGAAAGCGAGGGCGCUGUGGCGCCGCUGGCGGUGUGCGAAGACAUCGUCGACGACGAAGUAGACAAAGUGCCUUCGGUCCCGGCGCGACUCUCCGGAGAUUCUAGAGCGUCUGAGUCAGACGCGAUCAAAAAAGUUGCUCAUAGAGACGAACUGUCGUCGGUUUCUAAAUCCGAUAUUGUUAGGCGUGAUAAUAAAAACGAAGUUAGUGAGCGAAAGCAGCGAAACGACAUUUGUCCUUGGGAGGACGAGAACUCCUGCGAGAGUGAUGCUCCAUUUGUUAAAACUUACGCAACACUCGGUUACUUA